CGGCGGCGGGGCACUGCGCAUGCUCGGCGCGGCGGAGCAGCUUUCUGCAGCGGAGGGGUGAGCUCUGCGGCGGCGUGUGGGGUCUUCAGCAGGGCGGACGCUCUGGUUCUCGCACAGUCUCCGGCCUCCGCUAGCGACGGGUGUCUCUCCGCUCCUCGCGUCCCCGGCCGCCGCCCCAGCGCGCCCCGAUCUGGCCCCCGAUCCCGCGAAGAUGGCUGCCGUACGCCGGGCCCGCAGUUACCGCCGCUGCCUGGUGCGCUACUCCGACCGAGAACUCUGCUAAGCCCCCUGCACUAGACAGGCAGGAGUAGACACCCGGACACCCAGCACACCUCUUCGGGGGACGGUGCCGAGGGGGCGCCGAGAGCCCCUCAACCGCGGCCGGCCGGCCCGCCAGCAUGGCAGAAGCUGAGGAAGAUUGUCAUUCUGAUAUGAUCAGAACAGAUGAUGAUGAAAACGAAAGCCCUGCGGAAACAGAUCUGCAGGCACAACUCCAGAUGUUCAGAGCUCAGUGGAUGUUUGAACUUGCCCCAGGCGUAGGCUCUGGCAAUUUAGAAACUCGAUCUUGCAGAACAGCAAGAGGCUCUUUUCUGAAAGCAGCAGACACCAAAGUAAAGCAAGAACUGGCAAAAGAAGAAAAGGCUCGAGAACUCUUCCUAAAAGCAGUAGAAGAAGAACAAAAUGGAGCUCUCUAUGAAGCCAUCAAGUUUUAUCGUAGGGCUAUGCAACUUGUACCUGAUAUAGAGUUCAAGAUUACUUAUACCCGGUCUCCAGAUGGUGAUGGCGUUGGAAGCAGCUACAUUGAAGAUAACGAUGAUGAUAGCAAGAUGGCAGAUCUGUUGUCCUACUUCCAGCAGCAGCUCACGUUUCAGGAGUCUGUGCUCAAACUGUGUCAGCCCGAACUGGAGAGCAGUCAGACUCAUAUAUCAGUGCUGCCGAUGGAGGUCCUCAUGUACAUCUUCCGAUGGGUGGUGUCUAGUGAUUUGGAUCUCAGAUCCUUAGAGCAGUUGUCACAGGUGUGCAGAGGAUUCUAUAUCUGUGCCAGAGACCCUGAAAUAUGGCGUUUGGCCUGCUUGAAAGUUUGGGGCAGAAGCUGUAUUAAACUUGUUCCAUACACAUCCUGGAGAGAGAUGUUUCUAGAAAGGCCCCGUGUUCGGUUUGAUGGCGUAUAUAUCAGUAAAACCACAUAUAUUCGUCAAGGGGAACAGUCUCUUGAUGGUUUCUAUAGAGCCUGGCACCAAGUGGAAUAUUACAGGUACAUAAGAUUCUUUCCUGAUGGCCAUGUGAUGAUGUUGACAACCCCCGAGGAGCCUCAGUCCAUUGUUCCUCGUUUAAGAACUCGGAAUACCAGAACUGAUGCAGUUCUACUGGGCCAUUAUCGCUUGUCACAGGAUACAGACAAUCAGACCAAAGUAUAUGCUGUGAUAACUAAGAAAAAAGAAGAAAAACCACUUGACUAUAAAUACAGAUAUUUUCGCCGUGUCCCUGUCCAAGAAGCAGAUCAGAGUUUUCAUGUAGGACUACAGCUGUGUUCCACUGGCCACCAGAGGUUCAACAAACUCAUCUGGAUACAUCAUUCUUGUCACGUUACAUACAAGUCAACUGGUGAGACUGCAGUCACUGCUUUUGAGAUUGACAAGAUGUAUACCCCCUUGUUCUUUGGCCGAGUGAGGAGCUACACUGCUUUCUCAGAGAGGCCCCUGUAGAGCCUCGCGCCCAGUCCUCUGUCAGUGUUGCAUGAAUGAAAGCAUAUAGCGCAAAAGAGCACCUAAGUUAUAAAUGUACAUACAUAUAUAUAUAUAUCUGGAAUUGGAACUUAUUUUACAUUGUUGGAGUUCUUUUAAGAAGAGUAUAAAUUGAUUAUUAUUAUUUUUAAUUUAAAGGGAUAGUUCAUUCUUGGGUGUUUUGUUUUAAAAUUAAGAAGUUGAUAUUAGAUGUUGUUUAAACACAUUUAUGUUGUGAAAAACCUUAAUAUGAGCUUUAAAUCAUGCCCUUUUUCAAGAAGAUUUCUGUCACAUCAGUCUGCUACCUGGUUGUUCCACUACUAUUCAAGUGGUCAGGGGAAAGCUGUACUGGAUAAGUGUUUCUUUUACGCAUGGCAUACUGUCUACACUAAAGGCUCAAAAUGUGAAAACCUGUUCUGGAUUUGUUUGAAGCAGUUUGACCCAUAGAGGUUAUAAAUAAAUGUUUCUUUCAAGAAA